AUGACUAAUCGAAAUUCUUCAUUCUCUCCCCCCUCCACCCUCUCUCUCUCUCUCUCUCUCUCUCUAUCUAUCUAUCUCUCUCCCUAUCUAUAUAUUUCUCUCCCCACUCUCUCUCUCUGUCUCUACCCUCGUUGGAGCCUGUUCAAGAAGCAUCGGAGAUCUACAAAUGGAAAGAAAAACGAAAUGCAAACCAGGAAGAAUAACCCGCAAAAAAAAAAAAAAGAGGGCGUGUCACGCUUAAGCACUCUCUCCUCACUUAUCCUACUCUCUCGUUCUCUUCCUCCCACACACACAUGCCCUACGUUCAUAGAAUAUAUACUUCUCAAGCCAUCUCUGUCGACUAGACAUUCUAUCUUUCCCUUCACGAUUUUGCACUUCUUCGUUCUGUUCACUUCCUCUGCUUUCAUACAGCAGUCGAGACGCUUGCAACUUUCACUUUCACUUUCGCUUUCACUAAAGAAAUUCUUCCCAUAUCCGUUCGUCUAUUUCAUUUAUUUUCUCAUCUGCCUCACUCCUACCGGUCUACCUGAAAUUUUUGCCACGAUUUUCUAUCUAUCUAUCUAUCUAUCUAUCUAUCUAUCUAUCUAUCUGUCUGUCUGUCUGUCUCAUUUUGUUCAUAUCUAUAAAACGCUUUUGUUUUUUAUCUAUCUAUCUAUCUAUCUAUCUUUAUCUAUCUAUCUAUUUAUCUUCUUCUUCAUAUACAUUUUAUCUAUCUAUCUUUAUUUAUUUUAA